AUGGCAACGGACCUCACUGACCUCAGGGCUGAAGAGGAUUUAUUCUCUGAUGCUGGUGGUGAUGCGGGCAAUGGUGCUGAGGAGCUGACUGCUCCAGUUUCUGCCCCAGAUGGCCCUGCCAAUCCUGAGGAGUCCCAUCGCUUCUGUUCCAGGUUUUUCGAACGCUUGGCCGUUGUGGAGCUUGGGGGGGAGCAUCCUGGCUUGCAGCAAUGCCUCGUGGAAUCGCUGCAGCAUGGCUUGACCUUGACCACAGACUACAGCGGCUUGGGCACGGCAGAGGAGGCCAUGAGGCAGAUCGUAGAAGCAUGCCAAGCCCAUGUGGCGUGUGAGAUGGUUGACCCACUAUCGCAGGCUGCUUUUGCUUCGCAUCAUGCGACUGAUGUGGACAAGCAUUGCCGGAGCAUUCUCAUGCAUCAUGCAGAACCAUGGAGACCGCAGUGCCUGUUUCGCGACAUUUUGGAGCGGACCCCGGGUUUUGCUCAGAAGCUUCUGGAAUCCGAGCGACUGGAAAUUCUGGACGAGAUUGGGCUUGGAGAGAAGUCUCGCAAGCGCAAGGCUCCAGGCACUUUCACAUCCGCCAUCGCAGAGAGGGGACGAGGAUUCAUCCAGAAGGCGGUCACCCUGCUGCUGAAGAACAUGCCGAAGGAUGGUCCAAAGGCGUUAUGUGGAAGGCAUGCACGCAACUGUUGCGUGAAUCCGGCUGUGCCAUUGCAAUCCGAGUUGGGGCCCAAGCCCUUGAUCCUCCAUGUCUCCGGCUUCAACUGCUAUGAUUGGAGCAGUAUGGGAGUCGGCCUCAAGUUCCUGGGGCCUUCAAGCCUGCCUUUCGCACAGUGGGUUGCGGAGCGCAAGCGCUUUCAAGAGCCUAUCGUUGUGGCAGAAUGCACAAUGAACUUUGAUUUCUUUCACUUGCAGAAGAUGAUGGAGCCAGAAUACCCUUCAGAGAAGUCGUUUGCUUUGAGGGUCUCCCCUGUGAUGCUGGGGGAACCUGUGGAGCGAGUGCGCAUGUACAUGUUUUUCCUCAGCAACGAGAUGACAUGGAGGCAAUCUGAAUCUGUUGAAAGACAAACUGCUGGCUGGGCGUCAGACUUGUUUGUGAGGAUUUUCCACCAUAAUGUGGUCAUGUCUCCGUGCGACAAGUUUCAGGGCCCUGAGGAGAUGGUCCGUGACUUUAUCAAGAAGACUGCCAUGAAGCAGCAUUUGCCUCCCUCUACUUCCAGCGGCAAAGAGUGGAGCUUUGUUCAGGCUUGCAGCUCGGCAGUGCAAGAGAAAAUCGAGAUGCACAAUGCCUGGCUGCACGCUGACCUUGCAGCCAAUGAGAUGGUUUUCGAGCCAGAGAACUGGGUAUGCAAUCUAUGGCAAACUCCGGCAUUCAUGGCUCCAUCAUACAAGAAAGUGCCUUGCUUGCUUCGAGGCAGCCACCUAUACUUGUUCAAACAGAAGAGAUGUGCGUUGGAGCUGGAGCUGCUUGAAGUGCAAGGCUGGUGCAUGUUUGAUACUGCAGCUCCUGCAGGCGUGGCGGUGGGGCAGCGGGGCAGCAGCCUUGUGGUACUUUUGGUUUAUUUCUUACGACUUACGAAUUCGUUUGCUCUGCUAGGGGACUAG